GAAAGAAAAGAAGAGAAAAAAACCCAAUUAUUAAUCUCAAAAAAUGGGGAAAGAAAAACAUUUUUCCAGGUAGUAUAUAUUAAAUUGAAUUUAAAACUAACGAGCGGCGUCACAAACUCACCGAGUUGAAGAAGGGACAACAACCGCUGAAAGGGGAACCCCGCCACACGCGACGGAGAUUUUUCCCCGAAAACUCAAUUUCCCAAGCAGAAGAUGGCGAAAGAAAUUGAAUCUCUGACAGAAGACGAAAGACGCGCACUUCGCGGAAGCAAAUUCGCCCCUCUCCCUUCUCUUCCUCGCUCCAGUUCCCACUCCCAACCCAGGUUGGCACAUCCCGGUGGACCAUUGGCGACUAAUAAAGCUGCGGCAUUGGCGAAGUUUCUAGAGCGGAAGCUGAAGGAGCCUAAUGGAUUGGCUUCCAUUAACCCUGAUUUGCUUGAACUUGCUGUCAAUAACGCCAAAAGGACCGUCUAUGCAAGUGGUACUUCUAAUCCCGAAAGAAGUGUUCGACAUGUGGACUCCUUUGGUGACUCUGAUUCAAAGGAUUCUAGUGAUGAAGAACAGAAUGAGAUUUCCAAGGUAAAGGAACACAAGAAGAUGAAGAAGAAGACGAAGAAGAAAGACAAACAGAAAAAG